AUGAACUUUCGCCUGAUUGCAACUGAUGCAGAAAUUCUACAAAUUUUGGAAGCUGACGCAGAUUAUGAUUUGGGUUGGAGUGAUGAUUCUGACAACGACCCAUUAUUUGAAGUGGACCUCAUCGCUGAUACUUGUAAUAUAUCUUCAGAAACAAAUGACUUAUACAGUGAAAAUAUUCCCAACAAUGAAACAAGUACAACAAAUCAUACUGAGGUUGAAAGUGAAAUUCGAAGAGAUCCUUCUGAACGAGGAAUAUCAACAAAAUGUCCUAAAAGGAAUGUGAUUUGGUUCAGUGAAUUGGACACCUCAGUUAUUGUGCCGCCAUUUACUGGAGAAGCAAAAGUGUGCAUUACUGGAGAAAGUCCCCUCGAUUUCUUUAUGGAGCUGUUUCCAGAGAAAGUCAUAGCUGAAAUAGUUGAGCAGACAAACUUAUGUGCACAUCAGAAAGGAAAAGAAUAUUUCUCUACUUCUGUUCCUGAACUGAAGAUAUAUUUUGGAAUAACACUCAUUACGACAAAGAUAAGAAGAACUGCGCGCCGUUUCCUACAUUUCAAAGAUGUUUCUACAAUUCCUCCGGACAAUACUGAUAAAGCUAUCAGAUUACGACCAAUUUUGGAAGCCCAGAAUAAUACCUAUCACAAGGCUCUCGAACCUGAAGUAUUUGACAGUGUUGAUGAGAUGGUGAUUCCGUUCAAAGGGAGAUCAUCAUUGAAGCAGUACUUUCCCAAAAAGCUCAAGAAAUGGGGCUACAAAAUGUGGUUGCGUGCAGGUGUGUCUAGUUUUGUGUAUUGCUUUGAACUGUUUCAAGGCGCUGGAGGAGGACGCAGUAAUAUAUCUGAAUGCAGGGCAGCAGGAAAUGUUGUUUGCCGUCUGUGUCACGACAUUCAUGAAAAGAACCACGAAGUCUAUGCUGACAAACUCUUCAGUAGCAUUCCCUUGGUGCUAAAGCUGAAAAAGCUAAACACAUGGUAUAUUGGUACCAUUCGCAAUAACACAGUGGAGGGAGCAGGUAAAAAACUGAAGGCUGCAAAAGAAUUACAAAAGAAGGGACGUGUCAGUUCUGCAGUGCUGACAUCAACAGAAGGCUUCACUGUCACGAGAUGGAUUGACCAUUCACCUGUAACCGUUGUAUCGUCAUAUGCUGGAAGAGAACCAGAAGGGGUUGCCACCCGAUUUUGUCGAAAGGAAAAGAAGUUUCUAGAGAUCAAAAGACCCCACCGCAUUUGA